CUUAUAACCAAACAGAAGCAGAGAGGCACACACACACAGAAAAAGAGAGAAGACAGCCCCAUCUCUUCAUUCCCUGUCUGUUCAGAGACUGAACACAGGUUUUCAUGCAGGUACAGACAGCAGGACAGACAGUGGACUAAUAUUGGACCUGACAGGAAAAUGGUUCCAGUUAAACUCCUCAUCCUGGGAGCUCAGAACACUGGAAAAACAGCACUGUGUGUUCGUUUCAUAACCAAGCGCUUCAUUGGUGAAUACGACCAUAAAAAGGAGGUGACCUACAGAUGCAGUCGGGUGGUGGACCAGGAAGCUGUUGAUCUGGAGAUUUUGGACAUAGCUUGUAAGGAGAGCUCUGUGGCUUCUCUGGAGUCUUCCAUCCGCUGGGCAGACGGUUUCCUGCUGCUCUACUCCAUCACACAACGCCUCAGCUUCCUGGAGGUCCCUCGACUCAAGAAACUCAUCGACCAAACCAAACAGAGUCUAGUUGUUCCCACAGUGCUGGUAGCCAAUAAGGCAGAUUUGGAAAUCGGCAGGGAGGUGACAACAGAGGAAGGACAGAGACUAGCCAAGGAUUUAAGUUGUGGUUUCAGGGAGCUGUCGGUGGCAGAAGCUGUUUUGGCUGUGGAAGCAGCAGUGUUUCAGAUCAUCAGGCUGGUGCUGGAUCAGCAGCGCCCUCUGCCUGACCGUCGCUCCUACAUGCUGACUGUUCGCCAUGCUCUGACCAAGAAACUGACCCGAUCUAAGACCAUGCAGUGGUGACUGCAGCAAACAGUCAAUUCACCAGUUAUUACAGUGGGACAACUGUGUGUGUUGUCUGUUCUCAUUACGCUGCAGUUUUACUUCCGGACUGAUUUUACGAUAUCAGCACUAUAGUACUGAAACAUAAAGAUGUGUUGAAUCCACUUAUCACUCAGUAUGUAUGGAGGAGACUUUUUGAACUCCAGGUCUGAGAGUGUUCAAGGCAUCUACUGUAUGUGGGGACCAGUUUUAGUGUUUUAAUGCAACAGUGAUUUGGUUUUCUAGCUUAAGCCUGCAGCUUCUGGCUUUCUGGAGUGAUGGUUGUUGAGGCCAAGGUUUCACAAAAAACUGUGCAGGAAAAGAUGACCAAAUCUUUGCAAAUCACUGCAGAUUAAAAAAAUUAAGUAGA